CUUGUUGCUAUAGCAACAGAGAGGUGCAGGUUGACUGUCCAAUGUACGUCUAUAAAAGAUUCUUAUCGGAGCUUUCUGUAAAGCAGGAAGAACAUUAGCACAGGGCUUCACUCAAUUUGUUGUAAAAAGUCAUCAGAAAUCACAAUGGUUCAUUCCACAUUGGCGUUAUCACUUGUGCUUAUCGCUUGCUCAUCCAAUUUAGCCUUUGCAAUAAGAAAAGGAAGUCGGGCCCCACAGACGCUAUCAAGAGGCUGGGGAGAUGAUAUCACAUGGGUUCAAACCUAUGAAGAAGGCCUUUACAAUGCAAAGAAAGGUAAUAAGCCUCUUAUGGUAAUUCAUCACCUAGAAGAAUGCCAGUAUUGCCAAGGAUUGAAGAAAGUAUUUGCAGAAAGUGAAGAAAUUCAGGAACUUGCAAAAGAGCAAUUUAUAAUGCUCAAUCUUAUGCAUGAAACUACAGAUAAAAACCUUGCACCUGAUGGUCAAUAUGUUCCUCGAAUAAUGUUUGUUGAUCCAUCUCUCACAGUUAGAGCAGAUAUUACAGGACGAUACUCAAAUCGACUUUAUACUUAUGAACCUCAAGAUCUUCCAUUAUUAUUGGAAAACAUGAAGAAAGCUCUCCGCCUUGUUCAGACUGAACUAUGAUUUUAAUGGACUAGACCAUCACUAUGGACCUGUUAUAGUUGUCAUUUGGAUCUAAAUAAUACACCUAUAUACUAUGAUGUCAAGCUAGUAUAUAAAGGAUGUCAAACCAGCAAAAUGAACAGCAAUACUAAAAUGAUACUCUGUUACAAAAAACACUUAAAAUACCUUUCUAUGUUUAUUUUGUUGAUUGGAUUUUUACCAACUUGUUUUUUAUAUUUUGUAAUUUCUUAUGUUCCAUUAUCUGUCAUUAUAAUGAUAUAACAUUUCUUAUACAAGUUGUAGUAACUGAAACUUAUUAAAUAUCCAAAGUUUAGAGGAAUUUUGAAAGGCAUUUUUAAAAGUUUUUUUUUAUUUUUUGUUGGUUAUUUAGGGUAUUUUUGUGCAUUUAUAAUUAUCCACCAAGGCAUUCAUUGUUAAUGUUUUAUUUACAAUAAAUAUGUCAAAAAUAUGUCAAAACAUAAAAAUAUAAAUACAGGUAGUAUUAUCAAAAUAGUAUGCCUAAUUUAUGUCUAAGAAAUAAGAAUGUUUUAAAUAAAAAUAUUAAUUUGUGAAAUUAUUGGUAUUGGCAAUACUAAACUUUACAUGUUUUCUAGUUACCAAUGUUUAUUUCUAAGAAACAAAACAAUGUUUGUUAAUUAAACUAUUAUUCAUAAAUUUAAUAUGUCAUAAAAAGAGAAAAUAAUGAUGACUUUCAUCAUAGUUAAUACAAGUUGAUUUUUAUGUUUUACUUGUUAAUAAUGGGCUGAUGUUUUUUGGGAACUGAUGAUUAUUUAAAGGGAUAUUCUACUAUUAUAAAUUGGUCUAAUUUGUGAAAAUGUAAUAUUAUUUAACAAAUUCUUAUAUAUAACUUUGUGUUAAACCCAACAGUCAGUAAGAUAAGUUACAUUUUAUAAUUUUAUUUUAUUUCAGAUCUUGAAUAUGUUUUAAUCCUUACUGUUAUGAAUUAAGAAAAAAUGACAUUUUUUUCAUGAGCAUUUAAUAAAAAAUUUCAAAUUCUUUAAGCAUU